UAAGGUACCUGGGUAGUUAACAAACCCACGUGACAGCCUUGGCCCUAACCCUACCUAGGUACGUCUUGUCCUGGCCAUCUCGCGGCUCCCGGCUUCUGUAGACUUGUUCCUCAACGAAGACUCUCACCGACUCCACCGCUACUUUGUUGUUGGGACGCUAUGGAUGCUGCUAUUCAUGUUGACGACGUUGCCCCGGGUCCAGGGCCCGCGAAGUAAAGGAUGGCGGGGGUUACUUUCGAAAAAUACAGGACUGGACUGGAGCGGAAAAAGUGAGGCGAGUCGUUUUCCUACUCUUAUUUGAGGAUUAGCCGUGUGUCGGGACCAUCCCACAUAAUUAUCCCCAGCAUUUGGAUCCCUCCUUCGUCUACCUGCUCCCAAUGCGCCACUCACUACUGCUCCAUAUUUGGCUGCAUUAUAAUCCCUUGUUUUAGUUCUUUUCAUUCCUAGUUGUCCCACUUACUCCAUUGAUUUUUGCUCUAUCCAUCAUAAUGAGAGCAAGGGACGGCGAUAAUUGAUCUGACAAAGCUACAUGAGAUAAGUGAAACAAUGGCGGAAAAUUCUUUAUCAUCAAGGGCUUUGAGAGGACUUUCGUUUUCUAUGCCCUCUCUUUGUCCAUUAUGACAGACAAACGAAGGACGAUUGUUAGGUUAACCCCACGACGGGGAGAAAGAGCAAGGAAACGAAACAGAAAAAGCAAAAAAUACAACCAGGGAAGAAAGAAAGAAAGGAAAUGGCAGAUCCUCCACCAACAACGCAGUCUCGACUCCUGACUCACUAAAUCCAAUCAGUGACCACCCGGUCACACUUGAAAUCGGCAACUAAAACUCCGGCAUGGUUUUCUGUCUAAUCGCACAACCUACUUGUUGCCCUCUCCGAUAAGAUAACCAACUGUAGUACCGGCCAAGGAAUCAUUUUACACAAACUAUCUGUGGGGAGAGAGAGUAAUCUCAAGGAAUUUGCCUUUGAUUUGACCUAUGGGAAGCAGAAGAAACCGCAUUGGCCUAACAACCAUGAUUGUCUAGCCAGUUCAUCCUUAAAAGAAGGGCCAACGGAUUGGAAAAUGUCAUGAAUUUCAAUUUCGGAAAUAUCCCAUCCAUGGGAAGAAGGAAGGGACUCAGGUAGGAUGGCUGGUGGCUUUAAGUGCAGGGAACUACCUCUUGACAAUCGACCUUUCUGUUGACAGAAAAGUUGUAACGCACAGCAACGCUCUUGACCACGACCACCUGCAACAAGCCCCAAGUCACGGCCGCCCACUACCCUCAAUAAAAGGCUGGUCUUCGCGUAUUACUGACGGGUACCAGCAUAUCUAGUAUCAAUGGGAUAUUCGAUUCUGCAUCCUUGAUUGCGACUUGUCCUAGCAUUUUUGGAAUACCCUCCAACGCCUUGAAUUUGGCAAGUACGAAAUGAAUAGGAAUUCCUAAGCCCACCAGCAGCGUCCUGGUCGAGGAAGAACAUACAAAAUAUUGCAGUAGAUUGAGAUAUGCCAGUUCCGGCAUGUGUUUACCAGAUUCACCACCAAUAUGGGCGAGCCACAGUAUCAAGAUACCCCCGUGCAUAAUGCCCGGCUUUAAUAAUGGAGAGAAAAACUGUCCAUGCCGAAUUCUCCAAUUGAACUGUUCGCAGAUUGGGUAAUGCGAGGUAGUCAGCAUAGCUAGUGGCUGACAGCCUCACUUUUACAAUAUCCAAGCAAACUGAAACAAUGUGGCAACUCUUGACCAUUGCUUUCUUCUUCUUAUCCUGGACUCGGCUACCUCGCUACACUUUGUCCAAGUUCCUAAAGUACGCUUAGACCCGUCGUUAAAAUAAAUUAAGGUUGACUACUAAACGCUCCAAAUGCCACAGAAUUUAAUUAUCGAUCUCUUCGCUCUAAUAUUUAAUUGAUUAUUGAAGUGCUUCCGCUUGUCAGUAAAUACUUUUCUACAGUGCCUCACAUCACUCACCACGAACCAUUCAGCGCGGGCCGCCCUGACCCAAACUUGCCGAACAAUUUGCAUGCUAUCUUGUACGGUAACCCUUUCUUUUCUCUCUCGAAAGGCGUUUUUGUUGCCUUUUCAAAGAUCAUUCCUUUCUUAUGAGAUAUUAUCAGGACUGUCGCUGAGACUGCUUCGCUGGCUUUCCAGGAGAUACCAAUCUACCGUUUGCAGCCAAAACAAACGUCUUCUUUAUCAAAGCGGGCCACUGUAAAGGGGAAGAAGGCAUUGUGGAUAGUAGAACACUUUCUACCCUUUUCCUUCCAGAAGAAGCUUGAACAUAACGUUCUCUUCCAUAUGGAGACGGGUUUGCAAAACGAAGAGAGAAGAGCGCAUGGGGAGAGUGAAGAUGUGUCUAACAAAUCAUACUACGUCACAAAUGAUUCAAAUGAUGAAUCUCAAAAUGCUUUGGGGAAAUUGGGUCAAAACUCACAGUCUCCGCGUGGAGAUCAUUCACCUGCUCUCAUGAAUGAAAGUCCUCCCAGAGCAUCAUCACCGACUGCUGAUGGCGACUAUCCAUCACCACACUCCUCAGUCGCCGACAUAAACAGCAAGGCAAUGCUGAUUCCGCCUCAGCUGAGUCUUAGCCCGGAAGAGGUGUUAUUAUUGCAUCGCGCCAGCAGGUUCCCGCCGGUGACGGCAGAUUCGCUCUCUGAACUUGGCCUAGAUGCCAUUAUGAAGAACACCCAGCUUCGCAUGGAUGUCAAUUUUGAUAAGGAUCUUCAUUUUCGACCUGUUGGUGGCCCUGCGAAGGCCAAAAUGACCAAUGACUACUGGCAAGCCAUAGCCAUCGAAAUUUCGAUAUUUAACUUCGGCGCCUCCAACAGCAUCAACUUGUUUUUUGGUGCACGCAGGUCUUCUUCUUGCCAGGUUUUCCAGGCAAGACUACCAAAUAUGCUUGAUGCACUGAGAGAAAUACUGUUGACUCUUGUUCCCGAUCGCGACCGUGUGUAUAUUAAAGAACACUUAGAUACCAAGUUCCUCAUGACGCAGGUUGAAAAAGGGGUCCUAAAUCUGGUCAGACUUGCCGAAUGGCUUGCCAUCCUGUUGAAAACACAUUGUGCGCCAAUGAGGGAUCAUAUGUCGGAUGAUAUGGUCGAACAUAUUCGAAAUGGAUGCCAAUUUCAAGAUAUGAAUGAAGUAUCGAAAGGCCUCCAUCAGCUUUUUGCGAUACUUGAGUCAAUGAAACUGGAUGUCGCAAAUCAUCAGAUACGUGCAUUCAGAUUAUAUUUGAUCGAGGACUCUGUUGAGUAUCUCCGAAAACACUACGAUUUCUUUAUAAAGAAAUCCAUGAAGUCUUCUAGCGAAGCUCAAAAUUCAAAAAUCUGGUAUUUUGUGCACUGGCGAGAGUUCCACACCGAUUCAGAACCAGUCCACAACGAUUUCGAAUCUGCGAAGAUCUUAUUCGAAGCUUUAUCUUUAAAUCUCUGCUCCUUUUGCCAACCCCCGUUUCCUGAUUCCUUCGCGCUCGACUUCGACCGACUAUGUAAUAUUCGAACCAAUAUCGAGACAUUCACUUUGCUUCGACUAUGUUGUCAGGCGUUCACCAUGGUUGUUAACGGCGACGUUUCCGCAGCGCUAUAUUACUCUCUUCAGUCUCGCAUACUGUCAAUCCUCCAGUAUGAUGAACACACCCCUCACGAAAAUGAUGUAUCCGGACACUCCCUGAUCGCCCGGUUCGAAGCCAACACGCCUAGUAUUGCAUUAGAAAUUGCACGGAUGGCUCAUAUGAUGAAAGAAGGAAGCAGUUUGGUUACGUGUCCGGACACACGCGUCAUCCACUUCAUAUCAGAUCAGCUUUCUCCCAGAAACCGCCCUUUCGAGGCCGUCCGUCAAUGCGUUCAACGCGAGUUAAAAAAUAUUGCAGUUAACUUCGCGAGUCAGUACUGGCAUAUGACCGCGCUUGACAUUGCCGACUCCCAACAAUUCGAGCAACGAUCCGACUACGUGUCGUGGCCGCAGGUACCCGAUAUCCAAUGCCUCGGAAAACGCCUGGCUCAUAUCGGAGUGUUACAUUGGAGGAUUUGGGCGCCGCUUCUUUAUUACCCGGGAGAGGGGGGGUUGAGUGGAUCACGUUUCGUCGCUCCUGGAGUUGUCGAUGAGAUGUGAUGAAAGGCUCUGAGUAUUCCUGAUCCUCCAAGGGUUUAGCCACGUAAUACAGGUAACUAGACCAGAUGCCUCGUGAAUGGAAGCAAUCAUUGCCUUUGCCUAUUUGUACAUAUAUUUUGCUCCUUACUUUUAUCUAUCCCUCUUUGCGUUGACAUUUUCUCUAGGUACUUUAAGUAUUAUCUUGUCAUUAGCCAGCUUUUUUUUCAUUCACUUUUCCCUUCCCAUUAUCCCCAUAAAAUCCCCUCUUUCCGUUUCAUUUUUUGCUUCUUAUUCCUUUUAUCUCGUCAACAGUUAUAUGCACAUUGGGAGUUUUGGCACUUAUGAAGAUACCACGUUUACACCAGAGCCAACAGAUGCGGGAAGUUGGAGAGGCUAGGUAUAGAAUGUUCUGCUUUGUUUUAAAAUAAUAGUCUUUUUCACAGAGGAGCCGAAAUCGUUUGGGAGGUAUGAAGGGGAAACCAGAGGACCCUACGACUUCUUGAGUUCAAGUCUGUUUACCCUUUUCUUUUCUUUCUUUUUUCAUUUUUUUUUCAUUUUCAUUUUUUCUUCAUUUUUUCUUUCUCUUGUUUUUAACAAAACUUCUUCUAGAAACAUUCACAAAUUUCUAAUCUUCCUAUUUCAUCUCACAAUCCGUCUCAUCCUCGAAUGUAGACUUAGGUGAACCACAAUCUACUUCCUCAGGAGACCAAAGGUUGAAAAGCUCGACAGUGAUCUUAUUUUGUUUCGGGAUUGGAAUUGGAGGAGUUGGAGAAACAUACAACUUAUAAUGUCUAAUUAAACAGAUUAUUUGCAGAAAUUUACUUUUCAUCUCUUCCCA